AUGAACACUUCUGAAACUCCUCGUCAAAACACACCAUCUCCGACCGAAAGCCGGGCUAAUUAUGGAUUUGCCUUAUAUUUAGCUUCUAAAACGGCAUUUGUUGUUUAUUUAGCAUGGGCAAUUAUACCGAAUAAUUGGUUAACGGUUAUUGGUCUGACAUAUCUACCCCAAAAGUAUUGGGCAAUUGCUAUACCUGUGUGGGUAUGUUGUGUUAUUGUAGUAAUUGCAAUUUUAUACCCAGCUAUCAAUAUGUUACUAGUUCCUCCAAUGAAUGAUCGUCGUAUAUUAACUGAUUCAUUUGCUCGACCACCAAUUAAUGAAGUUCGACUUGGUGGUAUACCAACAGUUUCAGAUCUUGAUCUUUCAGGAGUUUGUAAAACAUUAUAUUUACAUUCUAAUAAUUAA